AUGUUGGUUCGGAAAUUCAGCACUUUUGGUGGUGCCGCAAAAUUGUGUGCCAAGGUAAUUCCAAACAAUUUGAAGGGUAAAAGUAAAAGCUCCCAAGAAUGGCUCACCAGGCAGUUGAGGGAUCCGUACGUGGAGAAAGCAAAAAUGAUGAACUACCGAUGUAGAAGCGCUUUUAAGCUGCUUGAAUUAGAUCAAAAGUAUGACCUCAUUAAACCAGGUUACACGGUGAUCGAUUGCGGUGCGGCACCAGGUUCCUGGACGCAGAUUGCGGUGGAUCAGUCGAAUGCCCACGGGAAGCAUACCGGAAAACCAAGGGGCAUGGUUAUUGGCGUAGAUUUACUUCAAAUAUAUCCCAUUGAGAAUGCGAUCCUAUUUGGAAACAGUGACUUCUUGCGUAAGGAAACACAAGACAGAAUUCGAGAGAGCUUAGCCGAUCGGCGUGUAAAUUGUGUUCUGUCGGAUAUGGCACCCAAUGCAACUGGGGUACGGGCGUUAGAUCAGGAUAACAUAACAACAUUGUGCUAUUCCGUUCUUCGUUUCGCAAUACUUAUGUCCACACCAAGCGCAUCGCUAUUGAUGAAGAUUUGGGAUAAUGGAGAUGUGCCGAAAUUAGAGAGUAGCAUAAAGGAGUACUACCAAACUGUGAAACGUGUAAAACCGCGGGCAAGUCGAGAUGAUUCGGCGGAAAAUUUCAUACUCGCACGUGGGUUUCGGGGCAUAGAAAGUUAAGGCGAAAAGUCUAUUAAACACAAUUUUGCUAGUCAAUAAAUUUUAAAUUAAGGCUCAAAAAAAUCAUAAAUAAAAAAACUGUUCGUUUAAAAUAGCAAACAUGA